UCAAUCAAAUCUAGCACGCUUGUUGAGUUUGUUUCGCCAUGUGAUUCGCUAGGGGCUGCCAGACAUCUGCUGACACAAAGAUAUUUAGAAAUGGCUGCCAUUUUCUCUGGCAUCCAUCUGAAACUGAAAAACUCUCGCACACCCUGGCCAGACAAACUAAAACUUGCUCGAUUUGCAUGGAUAUCAACACAGUGCCUUCUUCCUAAUAAAGAGCAGGUUCUGUUUGACUGGACAAGUCAUGCCCUCACUGGUUUUUACAGUAAGAAAGUGGACGUACCCUCGGAGGUGGUGGAGGGUUUAUGGACCUACCUAGAUGAUAUCCUUCACAGCAGGAAGCUUCAUAAUGUGUUGAGUCAAGGAAAAACCAUUAGCCUUCGUCUCACACUAGCACAGAUUAUCAAUGACAGGAUUUUGGACUGUUCUUCUGGAUUCAAAUCUGUCAGUUUCCACACCAUUCUGAGCUGUUGCCAUGGCAUCUUGACCUCCCCAGUGCUUUCCGUGACCUACACUGCUAAGUAUGAGUUGUUAGUGGAGCUCUUGAGUCGACUCUGUGGCUUGUCCAGCAUGCAGCUCAGGCAGCAGAAAAGUGAGGAGCCUCUCUCUCUCAAAGUCUUUGAGGUUCUCCACCUUGUUCUCAGCACCUACCUAACAGUGCAGAAACAGCAGGCAAACUCCAACCGAGUGUUUUCCCAGGUAACAGCACACCUCCUUCAUCCUCUUCUCCUGCUCAGACACUUAUUGAACACUAGAGUGUGGACUGAGAAGGAUGACAUCAAGAUUCGCCAGCAUCUGAGCAAGGAAAUCCGUAGCAAAGUGGAUGCUGUUCUUCAGUCAGCGCUCUUCAUCCCUGAUCAUUUGCUGUCCUACAAGGAAGAAGUUUUACCAUCGGAGGAUAAAGCUGGGGCCAAAAAGAGCCAUGCGGGAAAGGGCUUGCAAGGCCCUGUCAAUAUGAUCCUUUUGAAACUUAAUGUCCAAGGAACUAACAAAGAGGAAGAGGCUUUAUUUUAUGCUGUUAAAUCAAACUCUCUCACUCUGCUAUUUAAAUUCGCCCUAGAUUCAUUUUGUAAAGGGGGAGAAAACAAUCAAGUGGUCUUCCACCUCAUGGCUAAGCUCAUUACUGCUUUGGGGUUCACAGAUGAACUGGAUAUUGAUGAGAAAUUUAGUGCAUUGAAUUGGGGUAUUGCUUUACUCGCUCUGGAGAACCUCCUGAACUCCUGUUUGGCUGGUGAUAUCUAUAAUGUGGCUGCAGACAGAAUACAGCAUGGAGAGGUGCAAUUGAAUUUCUACAGGAAACUGGCUCGCCUAUUAUUUAACAAUGCCCAGAUGGGCAUCCCAGCUUGGUACCGCUGUCUCAGAGCUCUGCUCGCACUGAAUCACCAUAUCCUGGAGCCAGAUUUAGAUGAGCUCCUUUCAGCUGUGUGGGUUGAUGCAGACAACAUGGAAGUACGUGUUAAGAAAGCCAGAGAAGCACUCGUGUCUGCCGUCUUGCAGACUUAUGCCAAACUCCGACAGCUGCCUAAACUUAUAGAAGAGCUGCUUGAUGUAGUGUGUCGGCCUGCAGCGGAUGAAUUGAGACCGCCGUUGUUGCCUGAAACGAUACAAAAGGCCCUGAGUCAGUGUUUGCUAGACAAUCCUCCGAGCCAAAAUCUCGAGAUCUGUUGGCUCAUUUUAAAAAAGAUGCAGUGCUAUCUUCUCCCCCACAUCCAAGAUGAAGCAUCGGAUUUGGCGCUGAAAGUGUUUUCUUUGAGUUUGCUCCUCUACGCUGUACUCUUCAGUUUUAAGACCCUGGACAACAGCACCCCGGUGCCAAUCGUGAAGAAGACUCAGAAUCUUAUGAUGGAGAUGCUGAAGGUCGUUGAAGACCUUUUGAAGCAGAACCUUGUCACCGAAGGUCCUUGGAUGGAGAAGGUCCAAGAGGUGAUCUUUCUGCUUAUUCAUACUUGGGUUGAGGUGGAUACGCUCUUCCAGAUUCACUGUUCUAAGUACACAUUGCCGGCUGCCUCACAGAGUGGCACUUUAGUGGACAAAGCCCUGACAUUAAGGGACAUGGACAGUCCACUUAGUAAAUUAUUACAGAAUCUCCUUGCACUCCACAAGCUGAAGGUACACUUGCUCAAACCAUCUACUGAAACAUCAGGUGCAUCAGAGAUGCAGAAAAUGGCUCAGUUUAUUCUAAAAAGGCAAAAGCUUUCAAUGAUGCUUGACGCCAACCAGAUCUGGGACUUUCAGUUUUGUACUGUUAAUGACAACACUUAUAUGGCAGCCCACUGGUUUCUUGUUACCUCCAACCUUCCAUUAAUUGCCCCUUAUCUUGGACCAAAUGACACAUCUGUUUUUGCAGAAUGCAUGUUGAAGUCUUUGCUUCAGAGUUUGGAUGCCUCUGGAAGCAAUUUGGAGAACACUGGGAUCUCUGUCUCCUUAAUAUCCAGGCAAUUACUCGAGAGUCCUGUUCUUUGUGAGCUCCCUGAGAUUUUCUCUGCAGUGAUAAAGUCCAUCAUCAAGGCAUUUUUUGGACAGCUAGGCUCAUCACACGUUCAGUUGGUCAGUCCUUCGUUUUUCAGACCUUGUGUGGAAAUGGUUGAAGUUGAAGAUGAAGAAACAAACAUGAAGAGACUGAAAGCCAUCGGACAGGAGAUGUUAGACUCUGUCAAAAUGAGCUCUUCCAUACCUCUAUCUAAAACACAGGUAGAUCGAUUACAGCAGCUGCUCAAAGUCACAAGUGUCCUGAAUGGAAAUGCAAUGUCUUCUAAAGACUAUUCAGAACUUUUUCUGACUUUGUUCACGCUGACUUCUUGUGUUCAGUUUGAUGAAAGCAUUGAUAACUCUGCAUCUAUCGGAUUGCUCAAAGAGCUUUUUAAUGUUAUGGCUUCACUCCUGGUGGUUAAAAAUUCUCAAAUGAUCCUGAAAGUAGUUCAUGGAAGUAAUGUCUUAGAGGCAACUAUGACUUCCCUCUUUUCUCGGAGCAGCAAGGGGCUCUUCAAGGGUCUGGAUGGCCUGAUCUGGUUGGCUUUCCUACAGUCAGUUCAAGACUUCAUUCAGUCCCUAAUUCAGCUCAUAAUCGACAGGAAGAGCAGCAUGUGCCUCAAUCUGGAGAAGUUUACCUCCUUCAUGGUUGAAAGUAAACUCACUGCAGGAGUUCUGGCUGUAGAUGCAGGGGAUCUCUGCUCGCUACAACUCCAUCUUGUAACUUUAAGCACACUUUGCAAAGAAAUGAUCACAAGCCUCGGCAAGAACAAACAUCUGGAUCAGACUUUGACUCGUUUGUUAGAGAAGGCCACUUCCGUCAUGGAGCCAGCCAUACAGGCUAUGCUGAUGCGCAAGGGAAGUAGACAGAUUCAGUCCUUUUCUGUUGAAAUGGUAACAGUCAUGAUCAGGAGUGAACUAGCAAGAGCCUCAAUCUCUGAAAAUGACGGGCAGGAGAAAAUAUCCCACAUGGCGUUCUACCAGAGCUUCUGCCAGCAGAUCUUAAAGGAACUCAGCCCGGCACCCCGCCCUUUGGACUUCCUCGUAUCAUCAAUUCACUAUCUCUCUGCGUUCUACAUGGCUGCGGAAAAGACCAAAGUGAAAGGUUUUGAAGAACUCCAUAUUAAGAUUUUGCAGAGUAUCCAUGCGCUGCUGUCAGGAACGUGGUUGUCAUUGUCAGACGUGAAGGAGCUGGAGGGGCCAGUAAAGGAGCUUCUAAAUCAGUUGGUGUCCAGCUGUUCUCAAGAGCAGUUCCAUCUAUUACUGCUGAUGCUCAGAGAGGGACUUGUGCCAGCAAAGAUUGAAGGAGGCCACUGCACUGUAAGAUUCUUCACUAUGUUUGUUAUAAAGGAGUCCAGCAAGAUCCCUUCUCUGACCCGCGCACUGACGUUACCAAGUCUCGAGACUUUGACCGUCCUGCUCCGGCAGGGUGAAGCAAAGAUCUCCAACCCACACCAUGUCAUUGUGGUUCUGGGUGCACUGCAGUUUGUGCCUCUCGACAGUCAUUCCAUGGAGGACUACCAUGCUGCUUUUGAGGCCAUCCAUGAAGCCUUGUUUGCAACUAUCCACUGCUACCCUCAGGUGAUGUUAAAGGCUUCUCCUUCCUUCCUGAUUUGCUUUUAUCGCUUGGUUUCAUCAGUCAUGCAUGAAGGAAGACAGCGGGGUGACUCUGACAGAGCUUCUGAGAAAGACAAAGAGUGUCUUCUGAAGUGUGCCAUGCUGGUGGAGAGGAUGUACACUCAUAUUGCCAAUGCUGCUGAAGAUUUCACAGUCCUGUCUUCAUUCAUUGUUGCACAAUAUGUCAGUGAACUGCAGAGGGUGACGCUUCAGCCAGAAAUUAAGGCACAUCUAACAGAAGGCAUAUACUGUAUCUUGGACCAUUGUGUUGAACAAGACAUUAAGUUUUUGAACACCACCCUUCAAAUGGGUGUCAAGGAAGUGUUCAAUGAACUGUACAAUAGUUACACACACUAUCACAAAUCUCAAAGGCAAGGGGAAGAAAAGUACACAGUCUAA